ACAGAUUCGCCUUCGCUUUAAGGAGCCAACACGGAGCUAAACAUGCUAAACCCGAGCGAUUUAAGCCCCAAAAACCCCAAAACUACCCGCAGAAAGUGCCACAAGUAACGCCCAACCCCAGAGGAACCACCACCAGCCAGACAUGGGCGGAUAAAUGUGAACUUUUACAACUUUUCCGCGGCGUCUUCUGUUAAAGUUAGCCGCGCUGCUAACUCGGAGCUAACGGCUAACACCAGCCGCUCCGGAGCCGCUGGGGGUAAAGUUGGAGAAAGAAGCCCGAAAGAAGAGCGCGGAGAGCGGGGAAAGGCCGGGGCCAUGAGCGCGGAGGGCGUACGGCACUCCCCGAUCCUGUCCGCGCUCUUCAGGACCGGGGAGGACACGGAGCUGAUGGGAGCCGCAGAGUUUAUCCGAGAGCGGUUGUAUUUUGCGACGUUGAGGAGUAAACCCAAAAGUACAGCCAACACGCACUACUUCUGCACUGAUGAUGAGUUUAUCUAUGAAAAUUUCUACGCAGACUUCGGGCCCCUGAACCUGGCCAUGCUGUACAGAUACUGCUGCAAACUCAACAAGAAGCUCAAGUCGUACACUCUGACUCGGAAAAGGAUCGUCCACUACACGAGCUUCGACCAGAGGAAAAGGUCCAACGCCGCGGUGCUGAUCGGAGGAUAUGCUGUGAUUUACCUGAAGAAGACUCCUGAGGAGGCGUACAGAGCUCUGGUGUCUGGGUCCAACGCCUCCUACCUCCCCUUCAGAGACGCCUCUUUUGGGAAUUGCACCUUCAACCUCACGGUGUUAGACUGUCUGCAGGGCGUCCGGAAGGCGCUGCAGCACGGCUUCUUCGACUUCGAGACCUUUGACGUGGAGGAGUACGAACAUUACGAGCGAGUGGAAAACGGAGACCUAAACUGGAUCGUCCCGGGGAAGUUCUUGGCUUUCAGUGGCCCUCACCCCAAAACUAAGAUCGAGAACGGUUACCCUCUGCAUGCGCCUGAGGCUUACUUCCCGUAUUUCCGUAAAAACAACGUGACGACUGUGAUCCGCUUGAACAAGAAGAUCUAUGAAGCUCAGAGGUUCACCAGCGCCGGCUUUGACCACGUCGAUCUGUUCUUCGUGGACGGCAGCACCCCGAGCGACGCCAUCAUGAGGAGGUUUCUCAGCAUCUGCGAGGGCACGGACGGGGCGGUGGCUGUGCACUGUAAAGCUGGACUGGGCAGAACGGGCACUCUGAUUGGCUGUUACCUGAUGAAGCAUUACCGGUUCACUGUGGGAGAGGCCAUCGCCUGGAUUCGGAUCUGCAGACCAGGAUCCAUCAUCGGGCCCCAGCAGAACUACCUGGAGGAGAAGCAGACGUCUCUGUGGCUCAUGGGAGACACUAUGCGCUCUCAAAAAUCCAAGAUGGAGGACAGGGGCAUGUCUCACCUCAUCUCCAGUUUGGAUGAAUUAAACUUGAACCCAAUAAACGCCCAACACAACGCCAACCUGAACAAGAGCCUGGGGCCCGAGAGGAUCAUGGAGGUAAGAGACAGGACUUAUACCACACCAACACGGUAAAAAACAGACUUAUACCACACCAACACGGUAAAAAACAGACUUAUACCACACCAA